AUGCAAAGAAUUCAUAAGACCAACGUUUAUUUAAGAAACCUCUCUGGAAGGAAGCUAACACGAGACGAGACUAUAGGAAAGAAGAUGAUCUCUUCCAAGAGCAUUGCGUUCAUCUUGCUCGGGCUACUCUAUAUGUGCGCUGAUGUCCGUGGUGAAGGAAAUCUUAAAUUGGUGUAUGGACUCUGCAAUGACGCAUCGUUCGCCGACCAAGGCUACGAGACCACCGUGGAAGAAGUCUUUCAGGACGUGAAGGUUAAUACGCCGAGUUCGGGUUACAGUUACUAUGACCAUAUCCCAGUAGACAACCAGAACACCGAUUUCUUCUACGGGCAUGGGGCAUGCAACGGAGUGAUUACAAAGUCCGAGUGCGUCAAUUGUUUGAUUGCCGUGAUUAACUGGGUGAGGAAAGAGUGCCCGUGGAGAUACAGGGCUCAGUACCAGCUUGCGGACUAUAGACUUAGGUACGAGUUUUACCCAUUUUAG